GUAGAUAGUAGUUAACACAUAUGAUACGUGUAUUUCAUCUAAUGCAUGUACUUCAGAUUGUACAUUUGAGUCACAUAUGUUGCAGUUGCAAAGAGAUUUGCAAUAUGAGACGCGAUUGGUACAAAAUACAUAAUACGGAUUUCAAGUACAUAAUGCAUGUAUAUAAGGCGUACUGGUACAUCAUACAUGUGCGUAAUACGUAGUGCAGGUUGCUUAUUAUACACGACACGUAAUGCAGAUUGUUGUACAUAAUACAGAUUAUACAUAAUACAGUUCGCAGAUUAUACAUAAUACAUUACAGGCACUUGAAUUACGCAUAGUUCUGGUACGUAAUACAUAUUACUGAUUGGAGAUUAUAUAUAUAAUACUUAAUACAGAUUGUUAUAGAAUCUUUCAACAUUAGAUUAAGAGUUGAAUCUUAUCAAAGGCUUAUUAUUAUCCAUGAAAACAUUGAUUCAGAUGAGCAGCGAGUAGCAGUUGAAACAGCUGACGGAAGACGGGGAUGCUGAUGUCUGAGAAAGGUCAGCAGGUAUUUAUUCCACGUCUUCCACUACCUGGAGACACUAACACCUCCCAUGAGGUCACUAAGGACGCUUUAUCGAGAAUAUAUUAACAGCAAAUUUAUACCUAAGUAUAGCAUAUUGUAUACAAUAAAUUUUUAUUUUUUACCAGAGCAAUGCGCAUUGUUAUACGUGUGAUAAAAGGUGUAUAUACAAUUUAUACAAUACAUAACAUAAAUAAUCAUAGGAUUUCAUUUAAAGUUCUUUGGACAGUUCAUCAGCACUUGUUCUGUUGUAAUUAUCAUUUCUGAACUUUAUGGAUAUUCUAUUUGACAAAUACUCAUAGCUAAACUAGUGUUAACUGUAUUGCAAAUGUUUUUAAUUGAUGCACGGUUUUUGAUAAUAAAUUUCUUAAAAUAGUUCAUAUUUGAGGACGGUUGACAUAAUGAAUGGCAACUAUAAGUGCACAGUAAAAGGGGUAAUAUUCAGUUGAGCCUUCUAAUCCGCAGACGCAGGUACAAGAGAGACGCAAAAACAAUGAAAGUAGUUAGAAAUAAGGGCCAUGUGCCGAAAUGGCUAUGUGUCUGUUUAUACUGACUUCAGGAAUGAAACCAUAAGUACUUCUUCCAGUUCUUCCUAAAUCCCAUUCUUUUUACCAUUGCUUUAUUGCCUUUUCAUGUAGAUUUCAUUUUAGAUAAUCUUACCUAUAAGACUGCAUGAGCUUUGACCCAUCUGAGAAGUAAGAAACUUAUUAUAUAUUAUAAAAUAUAUUGGAUAUUUACUAUUAAAAUGCUUUACACAGGUAGGACGAAUGAAUGUUGGAGCAUUAAGAGGUAUUCGAUUUUUCUUCUUCCCGCUGGUUAUGCCCGCAUUGCUUCUGCAUAAAGUGCUAUUUUUUCAGCUACUGUGGUGUAUAUGAUUUUUUGAAUAUGUGGUUACUGUAGAUGGCUUCUUGGAACUGACGUAUUACAAAAGCUAUUGCACUUAUUUUGAGUCGAAGGGUACAAAUAUUGCAAUUAAAGUAGUCUUACUGUCGGUGUAGAUAAGUUGGAUUGUCUGAUGCUACCUUAAUUACACAUUGAAUGGCUGUUAUAACAGAUAAUGCUUCAGCUUAAAAAACGCCAUUCUGCUGUUUGUGAUGACCUACCCAGCUAUAAAGCUCGCGUUCGCCCUCUAAUUGUAAAAAAGCACUGCAAACUCCUUCAGUAGUUUUGAAGCCAUCUGUAAGAAUAAGAACAGCUGAAUUUGCAUAAUAAUAAUUAGGAUGUGUGUUCCUGGUCCUUUUAGACCCGGAUGUAUCUGUAAGAUCUUUACAGAUCAUUAACAUUGUAUUGAACUGUACGUGAUAUUGUUGAAGGUAAUAUCUUAGUUAAAUGGUUCUGGAAUACACAGCCUCCUGGAAUACACACACAGAAUAAAUGGUUCUGGAAUGCAGAAUUCAGCUCUCAUGUGAAGUGGUAUCAGUCCUGUUAAAACUAUUGUUGCGUUAGUCGCAGCUAUUCGACAUGCUUUACACAGGUUCAGGACGAAUGAAUGUUGGAGCAUUAAGAGGUAUUCGAUUUUUUUCUUCCCGCUGGUUAUGCCCGCACUGCUUCUGCAUAAAGUGCUAUUUUUUCAGCUACUGUGGUGUAUAUGAUUUUUUGAAUAUGUGGUUACUGUAGUUGGCUUCUUGGAACUGACGUAUUACAAAAGCUAUUGGACUUAUUUUGAGUCGAAGGGUACAAAUAUUGGGGAUCCAGGUAAGUCCAUUCUAUUUAAGACCGAGAUAUUUUAAUUGUUUCGUAAGUUAUUGUUUCUCUAAGAGUUUAACACUGGGGUUUGUUGGAUUGGUACCUAGUCUUUGUACCUUUUCUUUGAUUUAGAAGAAUAACAUUAAAAUCUGUGAUGUUGUGAAAUAUUAUCAAAAGGCCAUAUGCAUAUAUAUUGGUCUUUGGGGGAAUUCAUUCCGGUUGGAGAAAUUAAAAGCAUAGGAUAAAUAUUUGUUAUGCACGAAAAUUAAUUGCCUAAAUUUAAAACUAUCAAUCAUUCUAAAAUAUCUCACAUAACUUAAUAUUGAUGAGAAAAGUAUCCAAACUUUUUUCUUUCUUUUCUAUCAGGAUUUCAAUACAGGAGUAUUGGGGAUGCCUAAGAAGUACACUGAUAAUUGCGGACAUGAAGACAAUGCCAACUGUAUGUCUCUUUUGUCUUUCCAACUCUUGGUGCUUAUGAUAGUCAAGCCUUUUCCAAAGUUUGCGAAGGAUGUCAUUUGGCCUUGGCUGAAGAAAACUCUCCGCCAUUGUCGCCUGAAUGAGAUUGAUGACUUUACGACGGAUGAAGGUGUAUCUAAGCAGAAUUAUUUUCUUCGCGAGAUGCUGAAACCUACCGCAGAAGACUUUAGGCUUGGAGAAUUCACAGAAAAGAUGAUCCAGUACGGGUACCUUGUGAUUUUCGCUGCAUCGUUUCCUCUGGCUCCAGCACUUGCUUUACUAUUCAACAUGAUUGACUUCAAAAUCGAUUCCAGACGGUUGCUUUGGUGGAAUAGGAGACCCACUCCUUAUAGGGAUAACGACAUUGGUAUAUGGUUCCAUAUCAUCAACUUCAUCAAUGUUUGUGGUGUCAUCAGCAAUGCAUUUCUCAUAGCUUUUACUUCUGAACUCGGCAGAGAAAGUUCUCUAGAAAUCAAAUUCGCUAUUGUCAUUGGAUUUGAGCAUUUCGUGUUCCUCAUGAAAUAUGCUAUUUCUCUACUCAUACCAGAUGUUCCUACUUGGGUUAAGAAUUCUUUGAAAAAGGAACGUUAUUUGGUUUCCUAUCUGAUGAAACGAAGUAAAACAGAUUUGGAAAAGCUGUCUCUAAAGCCGCAAGUAAGUGGGAAAAAUGGUGAAGACUCAAAGGAUGGUGACAUACAAUUAAAUAUUAUGGAAAAAGGCAGCGAAGAAAGGUUACCCACAUCCCGAUGGAGCUAUGGCUGAAAAAAUAUAAAGUGUUUCGUUAUAUUAUGCAGUUGUGCAAAAAUGAAAUGGAAGUUUUCUGCUUAGUUUAAAAACCUCGCAGCAUCUGAAAGAAAAGGCUGUGAGAAAUCUGAAAGAAAAGUAACGUUCAGCAAGCAGCAAAUUUCAGUAUUAUUUAUUAUCAGCUUUUCAUUUUGAACUUCUGUACUCAAGUAAUUUAAAAUUUAAGUGCAAUAUGCCAUAAUGUCCCGCGUUUAUUUAAUAAACAUCAUUUUUCUAUUUUA